CCACUGCCGCCGCCGCGUCGUACUCCGACUGACGCUCCCCCACCGUAGCCGCUACUAUUUGGCACCCUCUCCGCCGUCGCCCGCCCGUUCGUUUCUUUCUUGGCAAGUUGGUCGCGCACUCGUCGCGGCGACAAGGAAACGGGAUCGAUUCCAAAUCCCCUGCGGGAAAAGACUCCCACCGAGAUCGGGCGAGAUGGCGGCUCGCCUGCUGGGCGGCGCGCGCCGCGCGGCGCUGCUGCCCAACGUCCGGCGCCGGGCGACCAACUCCUGGGCCGCCGUACGCGACACCUUCUUCUCCACCAAGGAAGUGUUCGAGAACCACCGGGUCGUCUUCACCGUCGGCACCUCCAUCGCCUCCGUCCUCACGGCGUGGGCCGGUUAUUCUUUUCGUCAUAUGCAGCAAUCGAAGAUUGACAAGAGACUUCAUUCAAUUGAGCAAUCUUUGAGGGAUACUCACAGAAAUGAUCAUGACGAGAUUAAAAAGAUUGUCACUUCCAAUAAUAUCAGCACUCCAGCUUGUAUAGCCACGGCAUUGACAACCUCGGUUGUUGGGUAUGCCCUAGGGUGGCGCGGUGGAGCUUGGUACGCCCGACGGGCCUUCCGGAGGGAGCAACAGAAGCUGAUGGGCCAAAUAAAGUUGCACAACAGGUGGCACUGGCGGCCCUUCAGUAAGCUGAAAAGCAGGCUCAGGAGCAGACACGCCUCUAAGAGCUCCGACGCACCUCAGCUGCCGGGGAAUAGCGCUGAGGCCCCCUCGAUUAGCGGGGCCUCUGUGAAAGGCCAGGGCGCCGAGGCCUCUUUGAGCAGCGUGCCCCCUGCGAGUGUUAGCAGUAGCUCUCAGGCAGCAGCAGGCUGAGCAAGACUGCUUCGACAGCACGGAAUUUUAAACACAACAGUCGAGCUGUAGGGUUCGUCUGACUGGUAGUCGCUCCAAUCCAGUUGUGGAUAAUUUUGUAGCAUUAGUGAGUUGACCAUUUUAUUUGACUGAUAAUAGAUGGGGACUGUCUACGCUGAUGUAUUAUUUGCAGUCCUGGCGAUAUUUGUGUC